AAUAAGCUCGGACAUAUUCGCCUGUCUCAGGACUCUGAAACUCAAAAUCUCUGGCAACAGCAAUAAAGACAAUAAAUGAAUCCCUUUCCUCCACCGCCACCACUGCCACCCCCACCAUCCUCCACCUUUCUGCCACCGCUACCGCCACCGUACUUUCAGCAGCCCACUCCCACCACUACUCCUCCGGCAUACGAUCUUCCCACUGCUCUCUCAACCCUCACUUCUCUCCUCAGUCUCUCAUCAACCACUCUCCACUCUCUCUCUUCCCUUCUCCCCACCCCCCUCUCCCCCUCUCAAACACUAAUCCCAUGCCCUUUCAAUCCCAACCAUCGUCUCCCCCUUUCUUCCCUCUUCUCUCACUCCCUUCAUUGCCCUACACCUAUUCCCUCAAAUCACAUUGAAACCCUAACCCAAAACCUCAAAUACCCCCACACCCUUUACUCCUCCUCAAACCCCAACCCCUUUACUUUACCUCUACAAGAUUCGCAAUCUGACCUUUGCUUCUCUCUCGAGACCUACCUUGAUUUCGAAAAUGAAAAUCCCACCUCCUUCUAUUAUGAUUGUCCUGGUGUUGUUUCUUUCCCCAUUAAAGGCGAAAAUGCUGCUCCUCCUAUGCUCACUUUGCCUGCUGUUUUAUCUUCAGAAUGUGCUAAUUUUGGUAGAAAUUUGAUGUUGUUUUCGAAUGAAUUGAUCAGGGUUCUUCCUUCGGAGGCAUAUGCAAUUAGGAAUGAAACUGAUUGUUGGAAUGAUUUUCCAUUUAUGUAUUCAUAUCGCGUUCUUCGUGUGAUAUUGGGAUUAGGCAUGAAAAGUGUCGAGUGUUUGUCUACAUGGUUAGUAGCUAAUUCGGGUAGGUGUUAUCCUAUUGUGCUCGAUUUAGCAAUGAGGGAUCAUAUGCUUGUUCUGUUUAAGCUUUGUUUGAAGGCUAUUGUUAGGGAAGCUAUUGAUUUAGCUAGUACAUUUUACAAUGAAGAAGCGGAGGGAUCGGAUUUCAGUGGGCGGAGUUUUAAGUGUCCGGUGUUAGUUCAGGUUUUGAUGUGGUUAGCGACCCAGCUUUCUGUGUUGUAUGGGGGCGCGAAUGGGAAAUUAUUUGCUAUUAAUAUGCUGAAGCAAUGUAUCUGUGCAUUUAGUUCUUGUAUGUUCAAUGAAUCUACUGAUACGAAAAGAGGGGAUGGAAAUGUUAAAGAGUCACAGGAAAGUGAUGAGCCACUUAAAAUUAGGAUAGAGAAGGCGGGGACGGAUAUAUCGGAUGAAGCACUCUCUAAAAGCCCGAUUUUUGUUUCCCAAGUUGCAGCAGCUGUUGCAGCGUUGCAUGAACGAUCUAAGCUUGAAGAAAAGCUCAAAGCACUGAGGAAUUUACCAGCACUUCCAGCUUACCAACGAUCGAUGGAGCACUCUUACAUUUCAAAUAAAGCAGAUGAGGAACGGCAAAAACGCCCUAAUUACAGAGCUCUGCUCGAACAUGAUGGAUUUCUGUGGCAGCAUUCGCGAAAUAAUCAGGACACAAAUAGAACAAAGUCGAGAGAGGAAUUAUUAGCUGAGGAAAGGGAUUAUAAACGUAGAAGAAUGUCAUAUCGUGGAAAAAAGUUGAAGCGGUCAACAACACAGGUUAUGAGGGACAUAAUUGAGGAAUACAUGGAGGAAAUCAGGCAAGCAGGUGCCAUCAAUUGCCCAGCAAAAGGAGCUGAAGAGGCCAAACUUCCACUUUCCUCAACUUACAAAACGGAUAAUUCUUAUGUGGAUAAAGCUGAGUUUGGAAAGAGGCAGCUGGAUUCAUCUCCUUUAAGCAAAGGAAGGGAAGGUGGUUAUGGGAAAGAGUUUCAUACUGAUGGAGAAGUCCAUUCAGCAGACUUCAAAGGUGAUUAUUCUGCAAAUAUGGAAAAAGCAUCUCGGUGGCAUCACCAACAUGUAGUGGCAGAGAGAAGUAAUGGGAGGUCCAGACAGGACCCAAAAAGUUACUCUAGAAGCCCAAAUCUGCAAGAGGCUAGUGCCUACUCACAUGAAUCGACAAUCACCCAAGAGAAGAGAGACUAUUCGAAAGAAUCUAGAGAGAAUUUUCCCAGAAGCUCCAGCAGAAGCUACCACAAAUCACAUGAGAAAAGUAGUUCACGUAGGGAAAGAAGUGAUCGUAAUUCUGACAUCAAGAAACGGAAGGCAAGGGAUGCUUCUGAUGAUUUUGAUGACCGAUAUGAUCCAUCAAAAUCUUAGAAGAACUAUGAGAAAAUGUCUGACUGUUGCAGCUAGUUCUAGCAGUCAGGCUAAUCUGGAGAUGUGUUGACAUUGGGACGGUAUCACCUUCAGAAUUUCCUGCGACUGGUUCUUUUUGUGUCUACUGGUCAAAUCGACUAGUAGGAAGUCAUGCAGGUGUCUGCAGUCUAUCCUCUUCUGUAUCCUUCCAUAUAUCCUUUAUAUUAAUCUUUUCGACAUUGUCUUCUUAGCUUUACUAUUCUUCUUCCUUCUUCCCCCAUCCAAAGAAUGAAUUCCCUCUAGGACAUUCAAGGGGGCGUAGUAUUAUGGCUAGAACACCAGUAGUAACGUUCUUCCUGUGCACAUCAUAUAGCAAGUUAGUUUUAUAUUUUUCCUCAUGUUGGCUAUAACUUGACCUAAAUUGUAAAUAUUUGUUGCGGAGUUCCGAGCACACAUUGUGCAUAGGUCUAAUGCUAAAUCUUUAUAUUUGCUUGCUUGUGCUUCAGUGCACAAGCGUUAACACAAUUGAUUAAGGAAAUAUUUGCUUGGUUCACAACUGGGUGAAGUAUCUGGUUCUUGGGGGCCUCAAAACAUAGCUUCAAGCAUGUUGAAGAUUCAGUUAUGAGAUUUGCUUGUAUAAUGUUCAUUACUAUAUAGGAAUAUUGCAUAGUACUAUGGUAGCAAAAUUUUCUCACUUUUCAUAUGGGUAAGCAUCAUGAAUACUAGUCAUAUUACGGCGGACAUACCGGGUAGACUAUGCUUGAUGCAGCUUCAGGUGUAGACCUUUCUUGUUGCAAUCUUAUUGUUUUUGUACUUGCAGUGGCAGACUUGGAAAGUGGGGCAGUCACAUCCAAUCUAAAUGUUUUUGUACUAAAAAUGGCAGAACCCACAUCAAAAGAUGGAUUCUUGUAGACAGUCAAUAGUAACACACAGCUAAAUCCUUCAGCACUUUAAGCAUCUGUUAAUCAGUUGUAGUGUUUUGACAGUUCUUAUAGGAUUCAUAAGUUAAGCAACUAUAAUACAUUUUAGAUGCCUCGAGGUCCCUGAAUUCUGUGAGUUAGGAGAAACUUGGUUUUUGCUAGUAGGAAUGCAUUGAUUAAAAAAGCAUUUCAAGAAUGAUAUCACGAUGCUGAUGCAUGUUCUAGGGCUUUAUAUUUUCUCGCAUUGUUUAAUUGUAAAUCAAUGUACUUGUCCCGAAAAAAAAAAUGUGUGUCAAUUACAAGUAUAAACACAAUUUGAUUUAAGUUUGUCUUGGUUCACAUGCUUGGUUUACAUCUGGUUAAAGUAUCAGGUUUUUGGGGCCUCUGUUAACAGGCUUAUGUAUGUUGAAGAUGACAUCCGAUAUUAUACAGGAAUAAUACACAAGUAUCAUGGUUGCUGUUUUUCCGCUAAUGCAUAUGGGCAAGUAUCAUGUACCUUAGAUAUAUUGCAGAAGGUUCUAGACUUAGGAAGUGGCAGAAACAACGAAAGAUGGAUUAAACCUGAAAAAGUCAUUAAUACUAAGGCCCAACUGAAGCCUUGAGAGCUUGAAGUAUUUCCUAAUUAGUUUACACAGGUUUUAGAGGAUACCUUAAUUAUGCAACUAUUCCUAGUAUACAAUUUAAAUGCCUAGCAAAUAUGUUCAUUGUUGUGUUCGUCUGCCUAGCAAUUCCAUCAACUAAUUUUGAUAUGUAUCUUCGAAGUUUGUAUCUGUUACUUUAUAUGGGCUGUGCUUUAUAUAUCACAUUCAUAUGCAGUCCCGAUUAUGUUUGUUUUUA